GAAGGGAGAGGGAGAGAGAAAGAAACAUCGAUCUGCUGCUUCCUGUUCACAGUCCACUGAGGAUGGAGCCCACAACCCGGGCCUGUGGGUCAUGGGUCAACCAGGGAGCCACGCGGGCGGGGCGGGCAGCCUUCUUAACUGGAAGGUGCUCUUAGAGAACCGCCGUUACAGCCAUGGGGUCACAGCGGGGAAGGCCUGGGGCCCCUGCAAACCCCACAUGAACCCACAGGGCUCUGCCCUCCGGAGGGAUGAGCUGGAGGGUAAGGUGCACCGCUAAUCCUCGGAAUGGGGGUUAGGCCUCUGCAGAGAGCAGGCCCACCCGCCCCAGCCUACCCCUGGCACUGCGCCCCCUUUUCUCUCCUCCCUAGUGUUCUCAGCGACCCUGACUUCCUUCCUCUCUCGGCCUCCCCCGGGCCCGGGGUCAGUGCUGGGGGCCCUUCGCGUCCCGUUUCCCGUUAUCACCCCGCUGCCCCCUGUCCGUUCGACAGGCGGCCAUGGAGGUCCAGAGAAGGGGUGUGACCCGGGCCGGGGACCCCAGCUCAGACCCCCCGGGGAGAAGGGGGAGAUGCGGCGCCGCUGAUUGGCCCGCAGGUGUCCGAGCCAGCCAAUGGGCGCGGGGGCGUGGCGGGCGCGGCUCUGGCGGUUGCAGCCGGCGGUUCUGGUCCCGGCCCGGCCUCCGGGGUCCGCCUCCCCCUCUGCGGUCCGCCCGCCGCCAUGGGCCUGGAGCUCUACCUGGACCUGCUGUCGCAGCCCUGCCGCGCCGUCUACAUCUUCGCCAAGAAGAUCGGCGUCCCCUUCGAGCUGCGCAUCGUGGAGCUGCUCAAAGGUCAGCACUGCAGCCAGGAAUUCAUCCAGGUGAACCCCCUGCGGAAGGUGCCCGUCUUGAAGGAUGGGGACUUCACCCUGGCCGAGAGCGUGGCCAUCCUGCUGUAUCUCAGCCGGAAGUAUGAGGCCCCUGACCACUGGUACCCCCAGGACCUGCAGGCCUGCGCCCGUGUGGACGAGUACUUGGCAUGGCAGCACACGUCCCUGCGCAGAAGCUGCUCCAUGGUCCUGUGGCAGAAGAUGAUGCUCCCUCAGUUCCUUGGUGAACGGGUGCCCCCCGAGGCAUUGGCAGCUACUAUGGCCGAGCUGGAGAGGUGCCUGCAGCUGCUUGAGGACAAGUUCCUUAAGGACGAUGACUUCCUGGCAGGUCCCCGCAUCUCGGUGGCAGACUUGGUGGCCAUCACUGAGCUGAUGCAUCUCCCUCUCCCCACAGCCGGUCAGCGCGGGCUGCUCUGUCUUCCAAACCCGCCCCAAGCUGGCUGCCUGGCAGCAGCGUGUGGAGGAGGAGGUCGGGGCAGGCCUCUUCCAGGAGGCCCACGAGGUGGUCCUGAAGGCCAGGGACCUGCCGCCAGUGGACACCGCCAUGAAGGACCAGCUGAAGCCCCUGGUGGAGGUUUUGUUGUAGUGAGGAGGGGCGGGCCCGCCGCCGAGGAUGGAGGCUGUUGUCGAAAUAAAGAGAUGGCGUCGCCUCUCCCCUUGGCCUUAAGCAAGACACUCCGAAGUCUCUGUUCCCGAGGUCCCGCCACGCAUCAGCCCCACGUUCCUCCUUUUGUCCGUCUUCUUACUCCACUCCUGCCCCCUCCACUCCAACUUGCUCGAGACCUCUGGAAUAAGCUUUACUCACUAUUUUUUAAAGAUAUAUUUUUACUGAUUGCAGAGAGGAAGGGAGAGGGAGAAACAUCAACGAUGAGAACCAUGAAUGGGCUGCCUCCUGCAUGCCUCCCGCUGGGGAUCAAGCCGGCCACCCGGGCACGUGCCCUUGACCGGAAAUUGAAUCAUGAUCUCUUGGUUCAUAAAUCGACUCUCAACUAUUGAACAAGUGUGGCUCAGUUAUAUUUUCGAAACACGAUAGUACCUGGUUAGUCACGCCAACAGAUGUCCAUGU